AUGGUCUCCGACGGCGAACUGGAUGAAGUUCGUCCCAAAGUGAGUAGUGAUUCAGAUUUAGGAUGUGACAUUCCACCCACCCAACCGUUUACUGCUGCUGCUGCUGCUGCUGCUGCUGCUGCUGCUGCUGCUGCUGCUGCUGCUGCUGCUGCUGCUGCUGCUGCUGCUGCUGCUGCUGCUGCUGCUGCUGCUGCUGUUGCUGCUGCUGCUGCUGCUGCUGCUGCUGCUGCUGCUGCUGCUGCUGCUGCUGCUGCUGCUGCUGCUGCUGCUGCUGCUGCUGCUGCUGCUGCUGCUGCUGCUGCUGCUGCUGCUGCUGCUGCUGCUGCUGCUGCUGCUGCUGCUGCUGCUGCUGCUGCUGCUGCUGCUGCUGCUGCUGCUGCUGCUGCUGCUGCUGCUGCUGCUGCUGCUGCUGCUGCUGCUGCUGCUGCUGCUGCUGCUGCUGGUGGUGAUGAUGAUGAUGUUAGUGACAAGGUUGAGAUUCCAUACACUCUCUGA